GGAGGAGGGGGAAUUGGGGUUGAUUCGGGGAUCUCGGCGCAUACAUUCUUCGAUUGGAUAGCGAGCGUUUUGCGCCAUCGUGGGUUGCUCGCACAUCAGUAUCUCGACAUGGCGCAAGCAUCAGAGCAGUUGUAUAAAGUGAUGCGGCUCGUCCCACCCAUGGAAUGAACAUCUUUUGUACUCGGACACUGAUCAAGUGGAAAAUAAUCAAACUUCAUUAUACAAAAUUAUGGCGCCUUCUGCUACGACGACCGUCACUGAGACGGUGAGCAAACCCCAGGAGGUCCGCCUGGAGAGCCAGUACAAGGAAUUCCAGACGUACCACUACGAAGAUGAUACCGAGAAGGGAAAGAAAGAAGGAUACGAGGCCGCCCAAUACCCUCACUAUUUACCCACGUGGGACAAGUCCGUGAAGUACCCGCCCCUUGAGCCCUUCGAGCACUACGAACACGGCAAGGACGCGGACCCCUCGUUUCCUGAUCUCCUCCCAGAGGGCGCCCAGGUGACCCAUCUCACACCGGGCAUCGGAACGGAGGUCCGCGGCAUCCAGCUGAGCUCUCUCAGCGACGCUGGCAAGGACCAGCUUGCGCGCUUCGUCGCCGAGAGAAAGGUCGUCGCCUUCCGGAAGCAAGACUUCAAGGACCUCUCCAUCCCCGACGCGUUGAAGUUCGGCGGUUACUUCGGCCGCCACCACAUCCAUCCCACUUCCGGCGCACCUGAGGGACACCCAGAGAUUCAUCUUGUGCACCGCGGCGCUGGUGACACCUUCUCAGACCAGUUCUUCGCAGACCGCGUGAGCUCCGUGGCGUGGCACUCUGAUGUGUCAUAUGAGCAGCAGCCUCCCGGAACCACCUUUUUGUAUAUCUUGGACACCCCGAAGACCGGAGGCGAUACGCUUUUCGCCAACGGUGUAGAAGCAUACAAACGUUUGAGCCCACUGUUCCAGGAAAGACUGCACGGCUUGAAGGCAGUCCACUCAGGUAUUGAGCAAGUCGCAGUAGCGCACGCCCGGGGAAGCAUCAACAGGCGAGAGCCAGUUACCAACGUCCACCCGAUCGUCCGUACGCAUCCCGUUACAGGAGAGAAGGCGCUAUAUGUAAACCCGCAAUUUACUCGCUACAUCGUUGGUCUAAAGAGGGAAGAGAGCGAGGCGAUCCUCAAAUUCUUGUACAACCACAUUGCGACUGGUGCCGAUUUCCACACGAGAGUGAAGUGGGAGGAGGGAACCGUAGUCGUGUGGGACAACCGUGUCACUCAGCACUCGGCGCUGCUGGACUGGAACAAUGGACAGCGCCGACAUCUGGCGCGUAUCACACCUCAGGCCGAGCGUCCGUACGAGACUCCAUUUGUAAACUAAUUCAUAGAAAGCCGGGUAUAAUAUCGUCCAAAUUGGACUUAACCUCGUUGUGUGUUG